CCCCGACCUUCAUGGUUAUUCCAACAUCUUCCACCUCCGGAUCCUCCGCCAUGAGUGCCACGCAGAGACCUCGACCACGUGCAACUCGAUUCCUUGGUCGAGGCAUAUGUUGGCCGGAGAAGGACUCGAGCAGGACGAGGUUCAGGAUCAGGUUCAGGAUGCUUCGUCGACUCCCUGGUUAAGCCGGACAGUAUGAGAGUCUCCUGACAAGCACGCAGCGCGCCGUCCAAACCGUCCAUCGAAACGCCGGAGACUGAACACGUGUCGCGCGUAGGAGUUCGUUUGCGCCGGUAAAGUUGGUCCCCUAUGACGCGGGAUAGAAUACGUGCGAGUAGAAACGCUAUCGUCGCGGCCGAUGUGUUCAAAACUUAUACCACCAAUCCUUGCUUGUGCCUGCGUGGUAUUCGUGGGGUACUAGAAUAAUACAGGAGAUAGACCACAGCGAGCGCCGAGCGGGACGGCCAGACGCUAUUCUCGUCAUCCGAAAACCAACGCAUACCGACAAGUCGAGCUUAAGAGAACAUCAUCGCCGCCGCUUACCAGGAGUGUUCAUCAAGCCCCCGACUACGGGUCCUGGUCAACGAUCACGGAAAUGACACAGUGAGGUACGCCUUGCACUCACUCUAUCCGGACUGAUCACUGCGGCACCGACACGGUCGCAUUUGGAGCCUGUCCCAGUUUCGGAUCAAAAGAGUGAGGCUGACUGUCAAGCCACGCAUGAUGACAGAAGCUCGCCAUGCCGACCUUCGACAACAUCUACGCACGCUUUCGGCGCCACCACAGCCACCCUGGAUUGGUGCGCUCGAGCAAAGUGGGAUGUGAGCAGUGGACGGUACUAGCCAUGACGUCUACUGAAGCACCAACAGUGUGGGUGAACAAGAGCCGGCUUGCGCCAAUCAAACGACCUUCACGCCCAGCCAGAGGCGACGUUGCGUGCGAUUUGACCAUCACACCCUCCGUAAGGCUACGAACUGCGCAUCUGGUGCCUCCUGCGACGUCAUGAUUAGCCGCGAUGGGACAGGAAUGUACGUGCGAAAAAGGCGCUCAUAGCAAUACAUGUAUCCGAG